AUGGCCUCACCUCGUCUCAAGCUGCUGGUCACGGCCGCAGUCUUUCAUCUCAUUUAUUUUUACUCCAUUUUUGACAUAUAUUUUGUCAGUCCAAUCGUUUCUGGUUUGCAACUGUUCCAAUCGCAGACAGAAGGAUCGAGGGCUCCUGCGCAGCGGCUUGUCUUGUUUGUUGGCGAUGGGUUACGUGCCGACAAGGCCUUUGAGCCGUUUCCUGAAUCGUAUGCUGGAGUUAGAGGGGGAAGUCAUCCCGCGCCAUUUCUGCGCUCAAGAGUACUGGAACAUGGCACGUUCGGUAUUUCACACACAAGAGUCCCAACGGAAUCUCGCCCGGGGCAUGUUGCUCUAAUUGCUGGCCUUUAUGAGGACGUCUCAGCAGUCGCGACAGGCUGGAAGCUCAACCCCGUCAAUUUCGACAGCGUCUUCAACAGAAGUCGACAUACGUGGAGCUGGGGCAGUCCCGAUAUUCUUCCCAUGUUCGAAAAGGGAGCCAGUCCAGGUGUCAUUGAUGCGUAUUGCUAUGAUCCAAGCUUUGAAGACAACUCUCAAGAUCCAGUGAACUUGGACCUUUGGGUUUUCGACCAUGUGACUCGUUUCUUUGAAGAAGCUAAAACAAAUCGAACUCUGAAUGAUAUGUUGAGAAAAGACAAAAUUGUCUUCUUCUUGCAUUUGCUUGGGCUUGAUUCAACCGGUCAUUCCUAUCGCCCGUAUUCCGACGAAUAUUUGCGGAAUUUGCAAGUUGUUGAUCAGGGCGUCAAAAAGAUAUCUGCGCUUAUUGAAAAUUUCUAUAAGGAUGACCAGACAGCUUUUGUUUUCACAGCGGAUCAUGGUAUGAGUGAUUGGGGUAGUCACGGAGACGGCCACCCAGAUAAUACUAGAACUCCCUUGGUUGCUUGGGGAUCAGGUCUCGCAAAGCCAAGGAAGGUUAAGGGAAGUGGGAAUGGACACGAUUCUUACUCGUCUGCGUGGAACUUUGGCGAUGUUCAGAGAAAUGACGUUGCUCAAGCUGAUAUCGCGGCGCUAAUGGCCUAUUUGGUUGGUCUGGAAUUUCCUGCCAAUUCUGUUGGCGAAUUACCGCUUCCAUUCCUAUCUGCCGAAAAGAGCAGGCAAGCAGCGGCAUAUCAGGCCAAUGCAAAAGGAAUCCUCGAGCAGUACCAUGUCAAAGAAUCUAUCAAACAAAGCACGACGCUCAGAUAUAAGCCAUUCGAACCUUUAGGGGCCGGCAAGUCUGAGGCUAGAUUGGAAGUCAUCACACGACUCAUAGAGCAGGGAUCACCCGAAGCGGCCAUCAAAGAAACCAAAGACCUGAUCGAAGUUACUCUGCAAGGCCUCCGAUACAUGCAAACAUACGACUGGCUCUUCCUCAGAGCCCUUGUCACUGCCGGCUAUAUUGGGUGGAUGAUGACCGCCAUAGGGACAGUGUUGGAGCUGUUUGUGCUAGAAGGGCGUGUGCAGACGAGCAGGACCUGGCAAGGAAUUAUCGCUUUCUCCUCCGUUCUCGUUCUUUUCUUCUCCUCAUUCGUCAUAUCCCGGUCCCCAUCGACGUACUAUGCUUACGCAACUUUCGCCGUUUACUUCUGGAACGAAGCGUAUGCGCGUCGGCACGUCUUUUUCGCCGGCGGAAAACAACUGGUUGGGCCCACGAAUUCGACAGCCAGAAUUACUAGUCUGUCCAUAAGUGCUGUGCUCUAUGUUGGAAUACUCGGAGCGAUGGCACUGGCGUACAUAUACAGAGAAAUCCUGACCGGACUAUUCAUUAUCGGAGCUGUGUACCCUCUUUCUUACGGAAAACGCUUUCUCUCGCAAAAUAUUGCUUUGACAGCUGCUUGGUUCAUCUUGUGUGUCAUCAUGAGCUCCUUCACGCUCUUGUCGGCGCUAAAAUUGGAAAACGUUGGACUCAUACUAACAAGCGGAAUUUUGAUCCUCGGUACUGCAACGCUGUACCUCGCGUGUGAAGACAAAUUCCUACGCUCGUGGACCGCCAAGCAAAGCACAAAUCAAGUCCGACAGAGGAGCUAUGUGUGGAGACUUUUGAUGUUUAUGCAGAUCGGACUUGUUGUCCUGGCUAUAUAUGUCACGCGGUCAAGCGCCCUUUCGCUUCAAGCUAAGAAGGGCCUACCACCUGGGAACCAACUGUUGGGUUGGGCAACUCUAAUUAUUUCACUCUGUCCUUUGCCUUUCUUACACCAACUGCAAAAGCAAGAGCAUCAUCUACAUCGCUUAAUGAGCGUUUUCCUAACAUUCGCCCCAACGUUCAUCAUUCUCACCAUAUCAUACGAGAGCAUGUUCUACUGGGCAUAUUUUCUCACCCUCGUCACAUGGAUAGAAUUGGAAAGUCGAAUCCAGGCCUUUACAGAUGCUUCCGCCAAAGUCAAGCGCUCUGGCUCCAUUCGGCCACUCACUCUUUCAGAUACCCGAGUCGCCUUAUUCGGCUUCUUUCUCAUCCAAUCUGCCUUCUUCAGCACCGGCAACGUCGCGUCCGUCUCAUCAUUCAGCUUAGAGAGCGUGUAUCGCCUGGUACCUAUUUUCGACCCCUUUGCCCAGGGCGCAUUGUUAGUGCUCAAGCUUUUGAUCCCGUUCGUUCUGGUAUCCGGCAGUCUCGCCAUUGUAAACCAACGACUUGGCUUACAACCGUACGCUCUUUUCGUGGUGUCAAUGGCUCUCACGGAUGUUUUGACGCUGUACUUCUUCUGGAAUGUGAGAGAUAGUGGCUCGUGGCUUGAAAUCGGAUCGACUAUCAGUCACUUCGCCAUUACUAGUUUAAUGUGUGUGUUUGUGGCUGGGCUGGGGAGUCUGGGUGGCAUGUUUGUCACUGAAGUUGAUGAGACUGAGGCUGUGGCGUCUGAAAAAUAG